GGUGUAUAUUGCAAGAUAUUAUACGGCCUUGUCCAUAGGAUAAUACCAGGUAAACAACCCGAGGAAUCAAUACGCGUCGAGCAUUAGAGAGGCCACGGAAGUAAUUAGAACUAGUAAUGUCAGGAAUUUAAAGAUCCUGUAUAUACAGCAAAUAGUAAGCUACGAAUCGCUAAUACUAACUUGUACAAGCGAGAACGCUACCUAUAUAGUGCCUUGUAAACUACAGAUAGGGUCCCGUAACCAAUACCGAAGGACGUGCAUCAGCUAGAAUACAUUUAUCACACUAUACCCGUGCGUCUACAAGGAGGUACCCAUUACACCACUUGCUGUGUAACACAUAUACAAAUGGACAACGGAAGCAAAUGUGCCGUAACGGUACAACACGCACCGAAGGAUGUGCCAUUCGCAGCUAUCGUUAUUGAUGCCAUCGCUAAACAGCUGUCAAGGUCAGAUGAUGACGUAGUAAAGCUGGAACAAAACAAGGCUAUUACACCGGGUACAUACGUCUUGGACAAGGUGUCAAUGCAAAUAUCACAACUUGUAAGGGAACUAUGCCUGAGAGUAUCAACCUGUAAACGAAUGCUGUAUAUAGAUAGUACAGCCAGCUUGGAUAAGUGGUUGUCAUACAUUAGCGAAGGAGCAGGUAUGCAUAAAACAGAAGAACAACUCUGGCAGCACUACACCAAAAUUAAUCAACACCUAACAAUGAGAACGUUCCUUGUUGGAUACCGCAUGACAGCAGUGGACGUACUGCAAUGCUCACUGCUAGCAAACUCACAGGGAAUACGUAAACGUUUAACAGAACUCAAGCACCUGGAAAGAUGGUUCAAUUACAUCAUGGCCAUACCAGGUGUGAAUUCUAACCCGGGUACUGCCACAACAAACCGAGCUGAAAAUAAAGUAUUUACCAAAAAUGAUAAGAAACCAUUCACCAAAGCAGAACAAUUCGAAAACUCCUACAAGGAUGCAUUGAAAAACGUAGAACAUGGGAAACUGGUAGUCAGAUUUGCACCGGAACCAUCUGGGUACCUACAUAUCGGACAUACAAAAGCAGCAUUACUGAAUCACUACUUCGCUAAGCAGCAUGGAGGUAAAAUGCUACUCAGAUUCGAUGAUACAAACCCAUUAAAGGAAAAGAUAGAGUAUGAAGAGACUAUUAAAGAGGAUUUGGAGGCUUUGGGGGUGCCAUUCGCCUCAGUUAGCUAUACGUCAGAUUACUUUGAACUCAUCCAGGAAUAUGCAAUUAAAAUGAUCAAAGCGGGACUUGCGUACUGUGAUGACACGGAUACCAAUACCAUGCGCUACCAGCGAAAUGAAGGUAUAGCAUCCGCAGCAAGGGACUUGCCAGUGGAAACUAAUCUAGCAAAUUUCGAAGAAAUGCUAAAGGGAACAGAGAAAGGUACUAGAUUCUGCCUAAGAGCAAAGAUCGAUAUGACCCAUACCAAUAAGUGCCUAAGGGACCCUGUUAUGUACCGGUGUAUAGCUGACGCGCAACAUAACAGACAUGGCGAUCGCUACAAGGCGUUCCCUACAUAUGAUUUCGCAUGUCCAAUCGUAGAUUCAAUGGAAGGAGUUACGCACGCACUGAGGUCUAACGAAUAUUCAGCACGUAUCCCACAGUACCAGUGGUUCAUACAGCAAUGUAACCUGAGGCCCGUGGAAAUUUACGAAUUCAGCAGGUUGAAUUUCGUAAAGACUGUACUGUCUAAACGGAAGCUACAGUGGUUCGUGGACGAAGGAAUUGUCACAGGAUGGGAUGACCCAAGGAUGCCAACAGUUAGGGGUAUUAUGCGAAGAGGACUAACCAAAAAAGCACUAUUUGACUUUAUACUGGAACAGGGGCCAUCCAAAGCAGUUAACCUCAUGGAAUGGGAUAAGUUAUGGGCCAAGAAUAAGCAAAUUAUAGACCCGAUUGUACCAAGGUACGCAGCAGUGGAAAUAGAUGCAGUGGAACUGAAACUAGAUAACUUUAGUCAAGUGGAACUACCACCAUCAAAGAGAAUGCUGCACCCUAAAGACCCAAAUAUGGGAGAGUGUGAUAUAUGGUUUACACCAACAGUACUACUGGACCGCGUUGAUGCCGAUGAAAUUGUAGACGGUGAAGAAGUUACAUUAAUGCGAUGGGGAAAUGUAUUCGUGUCGAAGCCAGCAUUCACAGGACAGAUCAACCCAGGAGGUGAUUUCAAAAAGACUAAAAAGAAGCUACACUGGCUACCAAAAGAUGACGACAAGCUCGUCAAGUGUACGCUGAAGCUAUAUAGCGAUCUGUUAGCAGUGGACAAAAUAGACCCAGAAGAACUCAAGGAACCUGAAGAUAUGAGGAAAUUCCUAGAACCUGUCACUGAGUGGACUACAGAGUGCCUCGCAGAUAAGCAACUAGCAUCACUGAGCAAAGGUACCAUCGUGCAACUGGAAAGACGAGGAUACUACAUAAUCGAUAAACCAGCAAGUGAAGGACAUCUAGUCAUGGUCAGCAUACCGGAUGGAAAAAUGAAGAAGAAGUGAACAUGGAAGAUAUGCAACGACAUACACACCCAACCCUAAACCACAAAUAAAGCGUGGUGCACACCGGAAUGAAACUAUUGUAGCCAAA